AUGCUGACCCUCAACCACUCUCAAAAUGUCCGCGCUGCCAACGAACAUUCUGCGCACGGGUCGGCCUCGUCGGACAUCUCAGGACUCAAUUCACCAACCGUCGGUGAAGGACACACCGGUGGGUUCGCCCGUUUCGGGAUUCAUCGCCGAGGUGUUCCUGCAACGGUUAGAAUUGCUGGUCUUCCAACAGCACAGACCGACGUUCUGGGCCGGUAUGUGGAUGAUACCUUCGUCUUUAUAGACCGGGACCAACUGCUAACAUUUAAGGAACAUCUGAAUGCGAUCUUGCCGGAUAUCCAAUUUACGAUGGAGGAGGAAGAGAACAACCAGCUGGCCUUCCUGGAUGUCUUCGUAUGCCGGAAAGAUUGUGGUGGACUAAAGACCAAGGUGUUCAGGAAAGCGACAAAUAUGAUGCAAAUACUGAACUUCAACAUCAACCAUUCAAUCAGCCACAAACGCAGUUGUGUAAGGACGCUCUGUCGGCGUGUCGAAACGCACAGCAGUGAGCCGGAAGACAAGAUUGCCAAGCUACAAUACCUCUGA